UGGAAUGUGGCGCCUCUCCCGCUUCCCCUGUCACCUCUCCGCGCACUCCCCGGUGCGACAGUACGGUUAGCAUCUUCGUUGCCGCUACACGUCACGAUAAUUUUGAUAUUUUCGCUUUAUUGUUGUUUUGUUUUUUAAUGUUUAUUGUUAAGUUUAGACUGUUUACUGUUAAGUUUGGACUGGUUUGGUUGUUAUUAAAAUUGUUGUAGCUGUUAAACUGAAGUCAUGGGAAAAACAAUACACAGCGAAUCAAGAAAUUUAAUCUUGAAAGUGCUCAAGUUUUUUGAAUCGGAGAAAGCAAACAAACAGUACACCAUACCUGUAGACCAAGUGGUGAAACGAACCUGUGCUGCAACUGGGAUAUCAAAGAGGACUCUAAUGAAAAUUAAAAAUGAAGCCAGAGUACAACCACCUACUUCGCCGGGCGCUAGUCCGACUCCAAGUACUAGUAAUAAUUUAGAAACCCACCGAGAACCAAAAUUAUCGACACCGGGUAAGAAGCGUAAACAGUACAAAAAACGCAUCGAAGUAGAUGAUUUUGACAUUUGCGCAAUACGAAAUAUCAUCAACAGUUUUUAUGCUGUAAAAAAAGAACUCUCAACUUUGAAGAAAAUUCUGGCAGCAGUUAAGAGAGACCUAAAUUUUCAAGGCGGGAGAACAUAUCUAAGAAAUAUUUUAAUUAACAAAUUGGGCUACAAGUUCAAAAAGUGUAAAAAUAUCCGCUGUGUAUUGACACAAAAGCCGGACAUCGCCGCAUGGAGGGCUCGCUACCUACGCCGUAUGAAAGAGAAUAAUGACCUUGGCGCUGAUAAAAAACCGGUUACCUACCUGGACGAGACGUGGAUCCAUUCCCACUAUACGGUCAGUAAAUGCUGGCAAAAUAAUACCGACAGCAGUGUGAAGAAAAAUUUAAAUCCGGGUCAACGUUGGAUUCUUGUACACGCUGGAGGAGAAAAUGGAUUUAUUGAAGGUGCAGAAUUACUUUAUAAAUGUAAAAGUAAAAUCGGCGAUUAUCAUAACGAGAUGGACACAAACAAUUUUUUAAAAUGGCUCCGUGAAAAGCUUAUACCAAAUUUACCGCCGAACGGUUUAGUUGUCAUAGACAAUGCACCCUACCAUUCGACGCAGUCGGUGAAAGCGCCCACUAGUGCUGCUCUUAAAGCAGACAUGCAAAAUUGGCUACGUGAACACAAUAUUCCAUAA